CCAUCGCCUCGUCGUCUCCUCAGUUACGACGCGAAUGUCAGAGCGUCUCGACGUCCUCGACGCCGACUCGACCAAAGGCAUGUGCUUACUGCAUUUGGCGCAAUUCGCGGUCAUGUGAACGAUGUGAAUGUGCACGGCGAAAGGCAUGGACGGCGGCGGCGCCUGAAAUUCGCUGAAAUCUGGCUUCCACAAUAUUCAGACGAACGCCGAGGCUGAAACCACAUAUGACCGAUGAUCUUAUCAGUGGAACUCCUAGCAGGAAGCGGCGGGCACGCACCGAGAUGAUGCGACUUCUGGGCAUGAGACUCGUUACGAGACUUCUGCUGCUUGUUUGCUCGCUCAGCUUGAUCAGCUUGUUAUUCCUGAGCAGAUGCGGACUCAGCGGGCUGGAUACGGGGGCUGAGGUGGACGAGACGGAGGCACAACCCGUUGUUUCAGGUUCGACUGUGAUAGCAAACCAAGUCGUCAGCCACUCCGACGGCCUCUCUUAUCAGCAACUUCUCCAACAACGCGAAGAAGAGAAUCGUCAAGAAGUGGAACGUUUGACGGCCGAGAUUCGGGCCUUAAAACUCCAACUAUUACAACUCACGAAUGGUAAUUCCCGCGCUCACUCCCCCCACCAAGACCCCUUCACCCUCCACAUCCCCCCCAACACCUCCUCCUCAACGCCCCCUUUGUCCAACACCGACUGCGCCAAUUUCAUCAAAAAACAAGCGAUGUCGGCGGAAAUCUUCCACGGCACCCCCUUAAACAACGAAUACGAACUGAUUCCGUUCAACCACUUCACUUAUAGUCGAGUUUAUCCGAUUGAACUUGGAUUGGGCAAACGAGUCGUCGAAAAACCGAUCGGUUUUAAGCGAAAAGAUCUACUCGAGAGUCUUAUGAAGGCUAUUGAAACGCUGAAUAAGAAUAUCACUGAGAAAUUCUACAAAUAUACGUUGGAUGAUUUUCUCGAGGGGUUGUAUAGGGGUGAGCCGACGACGGGGACGGAAUACGAGUUGUAUUUUAAGACGAGGGGGGCGAGGAAGGGGGCGCAAGGAGGGUUUACGAAAGUGGUGGUUUUUAGGCCUUUUGCGCCGGUGCAGACUGUGGCCACGGAGGCACUGGCAGGCCCUCGCGACAAGCCCCUCAUCCACAUCAUCCUCCCCCUCUCAGGUCGCACCGCCACCUUCCAAAGCUUCAUGGACAAAUUCGUAAAAAUCGGCUUGAAGAACGACCGUCGUGUCCACCUCACAGUCGUCUACUUCGGCGAGGAGGGCCUCUCCGAAGCCCGAGCAAUCAUGUCCCGCGUCCUCAUGACGAAAAACAGCGGCGGCAACGCAAACAACUUGCGCCUCCUCGCCCUCAACGAGACCUUCUCGCGCGGAAAGGGGCUGCGUGUGGGGGCGGAGCGCCUCUGGGGCGACCGGAAGGACGUCCUCUUGUUCAUGUGCGACGUGGACGUGGUGUUCAGUGCGAGGUUUUUGGACAGGUGUCGGUGGAACACCAAGGCCGGGAGGAAGGUCUACUAUCCGGUGGUGUUCAGUCUGUAUAACCCCCAUGUGGUGUACACGUUGCAAGGGAGGGAGGUGCCCCCCGAAAAUGACCAGUUGGUCAUCUCGAGGGAUACGGGGUUUUGGAGGGAUUUCGGAUACGGGAUGACGUGUCAGUAUAGGUCCGACUUCCUCAAAGUCCGCGGCUUCGACGAAGACAUCGUGGGUUGGGGCGGCGAGGACGUCAUGCUCUACCGGAAAUACGUCCGGAGUAACAUGAAAGUAAUCCGGGCAACGGAUCCGGGCAUCUUCCACAUAUGGCACCCCAAGGUUUGUACCGGGGGCUCCCAGAAGCUCUCCGCCGACCAGUACCGGGCUUGCAUCCGUUCCCGGGCCCUCAACGAGGCUUCCCACGCCCAAUUGGGCUUCCUGGCCUUCCGGGACGACAUCGCGGCCAACUCCCCCCCAAAAAACCCGAGUAGGACAAUCGCUUAAAAAAAAUAAAAUAUACACACAGUGAUUCCAAAAAAUUCGACAUUCCCGCUGUGUGACAGUAGAAGUUUUUUGCCAAAGCCACUUUGAUGUGAUUGAAGCCGAAAUUCCAAGUGAUGAUAUUUUGUUAUGUUUAAAUGUUAGAAUGUUGUAAGACUGUUAUUGGCUACAUCGAAAUAGGUUUUAAGUAGAUAAUGGCCAUCAAAGGUAGACUAGUCCUAGGCAUAAAUACCUGCAUUGAGUGAAAGAAAAAACCUUUUGUAUUUACGAAAAUGGCGUCCCACGAGAAAUUAUUAUAUCAUUAGAGAUAUUUAUUGAGGUUGGUUGGGUUAUGAUGUAAGGCCGACUUUUAAAAAUAAAGCAAUUUUGUUGUAA